UCCUAUAAAUACCUUCUUCGAUCACUCCGAUCACCAUCGAACAAAGCACCCAUCGUCUUCUACAACAAGCUCAAGCUACACAUUCUAACUCUAUUCCCAUGUCGAUCGUGAGGCGCAGCAACAUCUUCGACCCUUUCUCGCUCGACAUUUUUGAUCCUUUCCAAGGCUUCCCCUUCGAUGCCUUCCGCUCCCUCGCCGAGACGCGGCCAGGGUUCGUGGACGAAACCUCCGCCUUCGCCAACACCCGCAUCGACUGGAAGGAGACCCCCGAGGCGCACGUGCUCAAGGCGGAUCUCCCCGGCGUCAAGAAGGAGGAGGUAAAGGUGGAGGUGGAGGAAGGGGGGGUCCUCCAGAUCAGCGGCGAGCGCACCAAGGAACGAGAGGAGAAGAAGGACAAGUGGCACCGCGUGGAGCGCAGCAGCGGCAAGUUCCUGCGCCGAUUCCGCCUUCCGGAGAACGCCAAGGUGGAUCAGGUUAAAGCGAGCAUGGAGAACGGCGUGCUGACGGUGACGAUCCCUAAGGAGGAGGUGAAGAAGCCGGAAGUGAAGGCCAUCGAGAUCUCCGGCUGAGCGAAGAUGAAAUAAAACUCGAGUUUUAGUUUUUCUAAAACCUAAAUAAAUAAGUUUGCAAGAAGAGUUCGGUCUCGUGUUAGACUGGACUCCAAGCAGUGUGUAUUCUCUGUUUCUGUUUCAUUUCCAUCUGUGUGCUCUGUUUCCGUUGCUAGUGUUAUAAAGUUACUUGUAAUUUCUUUA